CAAAACUCACUAAAAUUUGACACAUCACGAUAAAUGUUGUUCUUUUAGUGAAAACUUACUUUAAUUUAAAUAAAUAAUGGUAGAUGAAGGUACAAGAAAAACUUUAAGCAGCAUUCCCCUUUUACAAACGAAGGCGGGCCCCCGCGAAAAAGAUUUAUGGGUGCAACGGUUAAAAGAAGAGUACCAAAGCUUAAUAAAAUACGUUCAAAAUAAUAAAGCGGCCGAUAACGAUUGGUUUAGGUUAGAAUCGAAUAAAGAAGGUACCAAGUGGUUCGGGAAGUGUUGGUUCAUUCACGAGUUAUUAAAAUACGAAUUCGAUGUUGAAUUUGAUAUUCCAGUUACGUACCCGAUGACGGCCCCUGAGAUUGCUCUUCCUGAGCUCGAUGGGAAAACUGCAAAGAUGUAUCGGGGGGGAAAAAUAUGUCUUAGCGAUCAUUUUAAACCGUUAUGGGCGAGGAAUGUUCCCAAAUUUGGAAUUGGGCACGCGAUGGCUUUAGGGUUAGGACCUUGGUUAGCAGUGGAAAUCCCGGAUUUAAUCGCAAAAGGGGUCGUUUCCUACAAAGAAAAGGAAGAAAAAUGAAAUUUUUAUAUAUAAAAAACUAUAUUUUGUAUUUAUAACAAUUAAAA